GUAGAGGAGUUAAAGGGUGGUAAAGGGUGUAGAGAUAGCGAGGAUUAGCGGGGUCCCGGGCCGAGGCUAGCGGCCCCUCAGUGUUACCCGCGGAAUGGCUGCCGAGUACCACGUCGCUCAGCCAUAGACUGUUUUAAUGGCGAAAAAAUCUUUGAAGUUUAUGAACCAUUGCUGUUUGGAGUUGUCAACUUUCACCCUGAAAACUGUUGGCCAGAUGAACUUGAAACAUGGAAUGAAUAUAUUCAGGGUAACCUAAAAUUUACUCGUAUAUCAAGCCAGAGGAAUAAUGAUAAUUCCAAACCCAUAUGUGAUCCAAACCCUCUUCUUUCGUGCCAAGAUGUCCUAUCUGUACCAAGUUCAGGAGAUCUUAGGUUCUAUGCAUUGUCAGCCAAAGAGUGUGUAGACGACUGCUUGGUCAGUCCACUCGGUGUUUCUUCUUCAGGGAGCUCGGAUUCAGAGGCCUUCUCUCUCAUAGUCAAGUGUUGUGUAGGUGGUGAGUUGUGCACCAGAAUGGACAGCCACUGUGAAGCACACCAGGCCAAUGCGGUCACAAACUUGCCAAAUCCUGAGUUUCCUACCAACAAAGUGCCUGAUACCUCUACAGAUGUGGAGACCUUUGGCAUGGUGUGUGAAGCACAAAGUAAAAGGGAUGUGGACCACAGAUGUAGCAGCAGCCAGAGCAUUUUAAGUGCUGAUGACAGUGCCAGUAUGGCAGCUAAUGAAAUAAGCAGCACGCCAGUAUCAGCAGCUGGCCGUGAGUCCCCAGUAACAGAUGGUGAGGCGGAUGGGGUUGGAGCUGACCCAUACUUGCCUUGCCAAUCUGUUGAAUCUUCUUCUGUGAUAUUCAGCUCCACGCCGUUAUGUGGUCACAUCUCCGUUGCCGGUGCUCGCGUCAGCAGCAGAGAUGAGGAGCCCAAGGGCACCAUGGGGCCCAGCCGUCCGUCCUCGACCACUGCCCCUGGGUCCCCUGGGCUGGGGGGGUCCCCUGGGGAGACACUUGUGACCCCCUCUGGCCAGCAAGGUGUUGUGACAGUUAGAGCAGCAUCAAGCCAUUGUUGUGUAGUUGGGGCUGAGGCUUCCUGUACCACAUGUUCGCUGCACAACACCUCUCAGCCAACUCAGAAGUCAUCACCAGCUGUAGCACACACACCUGCACAGGCCAGUCUCAACAUUCCUGGCUCAAUGGCCAACAAUAAUGCCAAUAGCCAACUCCAGGGUAGCAACCCUAGCUUUAACCAGGAGGUAAAGCAGGCUACAGCCAGCUUACUCCUAAUAAGUGCAACCUGCAACCAAUACGCUUCAUUUCCUACUUCAUCAAAAUUCCAGGCUGCAGGCAAGCCUGGAAAAUUUGGUUUUGCUUCCUUCCCCCAUGGCUUUAUUAAAGUUAAUAAGUGGGGCAUUCCACGUGGCUUGGGUCUCGUAGGCGGGGGGGAAAGUGCAGCCAAUGGGUGGGGAGGAUCAGCCCCUCAAACAGCUGGGUGGGGUAGCUCUGGUGCCAACCAGUCCGGUUCACAGAGCCAGUGGGGUGGAGGUCCCAGUCGGGGUGGAGGGGCUCCCAACACAUCACCUGCCCAGGGAGGUAACCUCAAACCAGCACAGCAAUCUAGUGGUCCUGCCCAGCAGCCCAGUUCUCCAGCAGGCCAGCAGAACACACAGACUGGAGGAACUGGAGGGCAGCAGGGACCAACAGGAGUCAGUCAGCAGCAGACUCAGCAAGGUACCAGUGGACAAGGAGGCAAUAGUAAUAACACUUGGGCACAAGCUGCAGGGAAAGGUCUUCCAGCUGGUAGUGGGUCAGGAGAUGCUCAAAAACGUCACAUGGAGCAGCAACUGCAGAGUAUCAGGGAAGCAUUGCUCAGCAGUGAAGGUUGGGGUGGAGAAAAUGUGAACCAGGAUACCUCGUGGGAUCUUCCAGGAUCGCCAGAACCUGGUAAAGAUUCAAGUGCACCCCAUUUUAAACUUAAUGUUAACAACGGAUGUGACCUAUGGGAAAACAAUUUGCGAAAUGGUGGGGCUGCACCCCCUAAAGCUCAGCAAGCUCCGUGGGGUCACACCCCAGCCACGAACUAUGGGGGUACAUGGGGAGAAGAUGACGAUGCCACAGACUCUUCUAAUGUUUGGACUGGUGUCCCACCCAAUAAUCCACAGUGGGGAGCUAACACACCUAGUGCUCCUAACAUGUGGGGUGGUGGUGCACCUCCAAAGAAAAAUAUUGAUUGGAGUGGUAGCGGUGGCGGUGGUGGGGGCGGCGGUGGCGGGGGUGGUGGCGGUGGCGGCGGCAGCAGCAGCGGUGGUGGCGGCGGCAGUGGUGGUGGUGGAAGUGGUGGCAGCGGAUGGGGAGAACAUGGACCACAAAGAUCUGGAAUUGAAAAUCCUCCCAGUGAAUGGGGACCUGGGGGCCCUCACAAACCUGGACCUCAUGUUGCGCAUACUGGUCCACACACAGGCCCUCACACUAGUCCCCACAGUGGUCCACAUGGUGGUCCCCAUAGUGGCCCUCAUACAGGUCCACAUGCAGGGCCUCACACAGGCCCACACAAUGGCCCACAUGGUGGACCCCACAAUGGCCCUCAUGGUGGACCUCAUGGUGCACCCCACAGUGGGCCACAUGGUGGUCCUCAUAAUGGACCUCAUGGUGGCCCUCACAGUGGUCCUCAUGGUAGUCUUACUCAUGGAGUUCCUCCUGGUGGUCCAGGAGGUCCAGCACAAUGGAAUGGUCCUAAAGACAUUAAGCCAGGUGGACCAAGUGGCCCUAGUGGAUGGGAGGAGCCUUCACCACCCUCACAACGACGAGAUGAUGGCACAGCUGUGUGGGGCAAUCCACAGCAACAAGCUAAUGUCUCACGGUGGAAGGAUAUGCCUACUCCUAACAUGAUGGGAAGGCCUGGAAUUCCAGGGCCACAGCCGGGACGUAUGCCAGGACCACCAGUUCCAUCAGGAAUAAAACCAGAUCAGCGAAUGUGGGGACAGCAUGGGAGAAAUGGCAGCUGGAGUGACGCCCCUCACGAUACGGGUAGUGGCAUGUGGGGGGAGGAUCCCAAAUCAGCUGGUUGGGGAGAACAACCAAUUACAUCACCAUCGUCAUGGGGCACAAAACCGAAGACCCCAACAGGAGGUCCUGGCGGUCCUGUUGGUUGGGGUGAAUCUGAAAUGGAACUUCAAGGCUGGGGACACCAAAACAAGAUGAGUGGUUAUCCUCCUCUACUUGAUCUCAGAUCUCCCAAAGCUCUCAUACCCGAGUCCCACUUCCCAUUUGCUAUGAGUGGUUAUCCUCCUCUACUUGAUCUCAGAUCUCCCAAAGCUCUCAUACCCGAGUCCCACUUCCCAUUUGCUGUUCCUAAGGGUCUCUCAAAAGAAAUAAUCUACAACAGCAAGCAAUUUCGUACACUCCUGGAGAUGGGUUAUAAGAAGGAAGACAUUGAAGCUGCACUUCGCAACAAUAAUAUGGGUUUGGACGACACACUAAUGGAGCUUGGCAACCGCGGGGUAACUGCUACCGGGAGUGCGAGUGAUGCCUGGCGCAACCCUCCUCUAGACGAACAUAUUCCUUUCGAUAUUAACAAUCCCAACUUCCAGCAACGCUUCCCUCCAGCACCGCAUCAUCUAUUUCCUUCUCAACCAACUUGUUUACAGCAGGGUGGAUCUGGCAACUCCCCGCAUGUCCGUGCUCUUAUGCAGCAUAUCCAGAUGGCAGUGCAGGCGGGCUACCUCAACCCCCAGAUCCUGAACCAACCCCUGGCCCCCACCACACUCGUGCUCCUCAAUAAUAUGCUCUCGCACAUUAAUGUGCUACAAAAGUUCUCCCAGCAGCAAGCCCUUUGGCAAGCUCAGGCUCACCUCAACAAAAAUUCUUCACAAACUCUUCUUCAGCUCAACAUUAAUAUCACUAAAACUAAGCAGCAAAUCCAAAACUUACAGAAUCAGAUAGCUGCCCAGCAGGCCUUGUAUGUGAAGCAGCAGCAGCAGCAGCAUCACCACCAACUUCACUCCCACUUGACAGGUGGUCCCCCUGGCACUCAAAAUGACUUUUUCAACAAGCCCAGUCUUCCAGAUCAGCUGUAUCCUAGUAACUUCCCUCAGAUGCCAGUCAGUGAAAACCCUCCAGCAAUAAACAUUGGGCAACAUGGAAGCCGUUUACAUCAGUGGAAGCUGCCUUCUCUGGAAAAUGAUGACAAUGACUUCAUUCGUGCUCCUGGAGCCCCAGGAAAACCUGCCAUGCCACAGUCUCAUUCAUCUCCAAAUUUAACACCUCUGCUGGGACCAUCAAAUAGUACCUGGUCUCUAAAUCGCACCUCUGAGACUGGGUGGCCAGAUAGUAGCAGUGCUGGCAAUGACAACAGCACUGGUGGUGUUGACAAGGGAGUGCCGAAUAUGGAUUCGCAGUGGGCAACCUCCUCACAGGCCAAUGCCUCGGGGUCCUAUGGCCUUGACAUUAAGCCUUUUGAACCUGGGAAACCAUGGAUGAUGAAGAAUAUUGAGGAUGACCCAAAUAUAACGCCGGGUUCAGUGACACGUUCUCCUUUGUCCUUGGGUAUUAAGGACUCAGAGUUGUUGUCAUCCAUCAGCAAGACCCCGACCACCAACACUGUUUCAGACAUGACCAGCCAUCUCACCUCUCUCUCACUCUCCUCCAACACUUGGAGCUUCAACCCUGGACCCGGCCACCACACCACCAACUCUCCGCUGUCAGGGGACAGCAAGCUGAGCAGUGGGACCAAUGGCAAGAGUGGGUCAUCGUGGAGCGAGACUGUCCAUGAAGGUGGCAGCAAUUUGGCCUCAGAACUGUGGGGUGCCCCAGGGAACAAGCUUCGUGGCCCACCACCAGGGCUAAUUGCCGGUAGUGUUGGUGUUCAAAAGAAUAGCGGUGUGGUCAGUGGAGGAGGGUCAUGGGGGACCCUUGGCAGAUCAACAUCAUGGUCUGGAGAGCAGCAUAGGAAUCCCCCAAACAGUGCCUUACAUUCGGCUGCUGCUGCAGCCGCUGCUGCUUCAGGAGCCUGGACCAACUCUCAGCUGCCCUCCACCUGGCUCAUCCUAAGGAACUUAACACCUCAGAUUGAUGGUUCUACCCUGAAGACACUGUGCAUGCAGCAUGGGCCGCUGGUCAACUUCUACCUGUCUCUUAACCAUGGCUUUGCUCUCGUCAACUACGGCUCUAGAGAGGAAGCUGCUAAGGCCCAAGGUAAUCUCAAUAAUUGCCUGUUGAGCAAUACCACAAUCCUGGCUGAGUUUGCUUGUGACAGUGAAGUAAAGCAAGUAAUGGGCCAACAAACCCACCAGAGCCAAGGUGCCCCACCCACUCCUGCCCCAUCUAAUGCCUCAAGCUGGGGAGGUUCUGGUCGUGGCUCUACCCCUACUUCCCAGUCGUCUUCAGGCUCCAAAGUAGACUCGUGGGGUAAUGGUAAUGGUUCUAAUUUGUGGAGCACUGCCCCUACAGUUGGGUCCUCGCUGUGGGGUGGGGCCAGUCUGGGUGAUGGGGAUCAACAUCGUGCCACACCUUCCUCACUCAAACCCUACCUGCCGGAUGGCCUUCUCACCUCCGAGUCCAUAUAAUAGGGGAGGUGGGAGGCAAGUGCCGUCACCCAGUAUGCACCGUCACAGCAAAACCCUGCGUGCAGAAACCACAGUGGUAGUGUAGUUCCAUAACCACAUGCUACAGCCCUGCCACUACACAGGGUAAGCUCACAGUCUUACUCAAACACCUUUAAGUAAUUAUGCUGGUCCAUACAUGUGUAUAUCAAUCCCAUUUUAUUGACACAAUGCCUUAAAAGACUUAGCUCCAAGCACACACAAGAAUAAUCAAUCAUUUCAAUGCUCUUAUGGUUAAGGUGAAGACCAUGGAGCUAAAAUAGUUCAUGUGCUGUGACUUAAAUACAAAGUUACUUGUAUUGACAUGCUGAUGUUGACCAUUAUUUUAGGAGAAACAAAGGUGCAAGCUAAACCGAAGCAAGAGAUGAUCUGCCUGCGCUUGUCAUUUGCUUCAGUUACAUAACUGGUCCUACUUUUAAAUGCCAAUAUUAUCUAAGUCUGUUCUUACCAUGAAUCAAGUCUUAUUAUAUGAUAACAAAAGAAUAUACCUACACACAGUUUUGCAGUGUUUUGAUGUACAUGUACCAAAAGAUAAACAAUUAAGUUAUAUUUAGUUUUAAGAGAGAUUAAAUGUAAGUUCUAGGUUAAAAUAUAAUUAAGUUUAUAGUUGAAGUUGCAGAAUUGUUCAGUGAUAGCACUCCUCUGUGUGAUAUUUCCUAAAUGGAUAAUUAUAUAUACUUUAAAUGUGCUUACUUAUGUAUCUCAAGUUCCACCACAGACUCUAGUGCUUGUAAGAUUUACAUCCUCCACACAAGAUCUGCUCAUAUGUACAAUGGAGCUCUCCAGGACUCAGCAGAUAUUCCUCAGUCUAGUGAUUAGGUAGGUACGGGGUGCAGUGAGGAGCCAAGCACCAUUCCUCGGAUCGUCCAGUAGUUCUGCUGUCGUCAUCAAAGGCCUCAUACUGGGCUCUGCUGUGCAAUUGUCACCUGGCCUCUUGUAGGCCUCUGUUUCGUCAUUAUGCUAGCCAUCCAACUAUGUUCCGUUGUCAUAAAGUUAGUCAAUUUAAUGGCUACAUGGUGUUGACAUCAUCCAGAUUUAAGUCAGCUAUUUUGUUAGCACUCUGAAGUGAUGUAUUAAUUAAUUAAAUGUGUCAUCAUACUGCUGGCCUCCAAGUCUACUGUGAUGAUGUAGUUGAGGCCUCCAGCCAAUAUGGCAGUGUGUUGUGGUUUCAGAGAACUCAGCAAGCAUAGCCCACAGAUCUGCUGCAUUAUCAUCUGGUAGACCAAAUGUUGUGGCCUCUGCCAUAACAUUGUCAUGCAAGCCCUCAAUUUUGCUACCCUCAGUCGUACUCAUACACAUCAUUAUUAUAUUAUCAUGAUCAUUAUCAUCCCUGUAUUUUAAACCCAUUCAACCUUUGGCUCAUUGGUCUCCCUCUCCCCAGGGUGAACCUCCCCUGCUACUUCUGCUUGUUGGAAAACUAACACAUUAUCACUUUGUGAUGCUGCUGUCACUUCGUUCAAUAGGGGAUGAUGGAAAGCAUGCUGUACAUAAUGUGUUUAUGUAACUUCUGGCAAGUUUGAUGUUGUGAUAUAAUAAGUCACCAGUGGUCCAAAGGUUAGGUUUGGGUGUUAGAUCCCAGGUUCUUGCUCCAGCAGCCGAGAGAUUGGCAGCCGGGUUCAUUGCCUCACACGACACUUGUUGAAAGACCAGUGGAUCUGCUUAGUCACCUAAACACCACCCCUUGUGGUUCAUACUUGUUGGUGUGAGCCGCUGUGAGCGUGGCUGCUAGCUGAGGUUGCAUCAUGGUACAAAUCCUACAAUAUCUAUCGAAAUCAACUUAGCAACAUCCAGCCAAUCAGUGUUCUCUUGGAAUAAUAGACAACUAAUCAAAUUAGGAAAAUGUAAUACUUAGGCAUACUCACAUUUAAGCCGAUUUGGGCUGAUGUUGUAGGGUUGGUAGCCACGAGUGAGUCAGCAGCAUACCAAGUGUCAGGUUGACAAACAAUGGUGCUGCAAAUAAUCAUGCUAAAUGUGAGAUUUAGUGAUAGGUCCAGUCCACUCUUUCAUAAUGUUACUAUUAAUUCUCUUUGUCGCUCAGCUUUACUUACUAUUUUUAUCCCUACAAAAAAUGCACAAAAAAAAAGAUGAUUGUUGUAAUUUGUUUUAUGAACUCAAGUCAUGGUGUAGUAUUUUUCCGUAUUCAGUAUUUUGUACAGUUUUGAAAAGGAGUAUAAACAAAGUGCCACCAUAAUUAUUAUUUUUUUUUGAGGAUGAUAUAUUGUAAGUGACAGAGCUCUUAUAUGUCUGGAUAUUAUCUUGACCUUUAGCUGUAGUGAUACUUUGGAGCCAUAUCAAUAUUAUAGCUUUCAGAUUAAUGAUCUAAAUACAAUGAAUAAUCAAGCCAGUCUGCCAAAAAUCUAGACUAAGCAAGGCAGUGAAUCAUCAUAAUUGAGACUAACUUCUCCAUGUAUAACAGCAUGUUAAGUAGCUGUCAGACUUCCAGCUGUUCUGAGAAUCAGCUUUGAUGAUUCCUUGCAUUUUGGGGAACCACAUGUUGUGUGGUCUCCCAAAUAUUUACUAGUUUUUAGUGGUAUGUGUAGUAGGGGUUGGGUUAUUAUAGUAUUAGGAAACUGUGUAAACUGUCAAGGUCAGGUACCAGGCCAGGUACAGCAUUACUGGUACUUGUCAAUUUUCUCCACCUUGGUUAGCAUUAGUCCCUUUAUAGCAGUAGACACAUUUCUACUGCCACUGUCGGGUUUGACUGACUGGCAGUGGUGAUGCUUGCUCCAUGAUUUAUGCUUGUUAGCUUGGCCUGAUGCCUGGGUGGUUUUAUUCUCAGAGGAGCACUGUAAUCUGGGCUCUAAUUGAUCCAACACCAGCAUAGUUUAGUAUAAUUGUCAGGACUUUACACGAGACCACCAGAAGGUGCACGGCCUUGCCCUUGUCGGUACAUGGCCUGUGUGCUUCUAGCUGUAAUAUAGCUAUAUCAGCUUGAACCUGACUUGUAAAACUUGUAGACGUCUGAGGUCGUGUAUCAAUGUGCAGCAAUCUCAGAAAUGGUGUUAGUGCAGCUGUAGUAAUGGAUGCCCUACUUAAAGGUGAUCAUGUGCUCCUCUGAAACUCAGCUGCCCUAAGAGUAAUUCUUCCAAGAUUAUUUAGCCAGUUAAGAUACUCGCCUUCUCUCCCUGUGUUAACUAUGUACAAGAACCAAACUUUUAAUUUUUUUGUGGUUAUUAUAAAUGAUUUACAUAUAGCACUGUAUAUAAACUGUGCUGCAAGUUGUACAAGCGUUAGAUGCCACCACUGCACACACUCUUGCUGAGAGGGAUCUCUGGGGUGUUUCAUUAUAGAUCUAGGUUAUGUAUUCUGUGUCCCAAGGUUUACCUGAGGUUAAUAGUCAUCUCGCAUUUGCUAAGUUGUAGCCGGCUGCUACACUUCUCUUCGCAGUUGUGAUUUUUGCUAGGGUGAUUGUUAUUCUGCCUUUAAGAGGAACUAAUUGUUAAUGGUAGGUUUUAUUUGAUAAGAAAUUGUUUAGUUUGUUUAAGAUUAGGUUGCAUAGUAUUUUUAGGGUGAUGAGGUCAGCUUAUGGCAUUUUCUCAGGAACCUUUGUGGCGCAGGGGACGGAUAAUCUGCUCAGCACUGGUGAACGGCCUGCUGUUCUAUCUAGUGAACAGUCUGUUGUUAUGCACUGCUUAGCAGUCUGAUACUCUUCUUGGGGAACAGCUAGCUCCUUAAGGAACACUGGACUCCUUAGGUUAAGUAGCAGUCUGCUCCAUGGGUUUCAUUUAUGUUUCUUGGGUUGUGGAAUAGUUGGUUCCCUAGGUUAGUUUACAGGUUCUUCAGUUACAGAAACAACUUGUUUCUCAGCAUGUUAAGUGAAUUCUGCUUGUUACAUAUGUAAAUUAUUCUGAGACUGCAACAGACGGUCUCAUAGAUUUUAGAUAGUACCUGUUUUGCUGAAAGGUAAAUAUUUUUAUUAUGCCAAAGGAAACAUCAAUUUGUUUGCUGAAGAAAUAGUUUGUUUCUUAGCUGAAGGAAAGAUCUGCUCGUUUGCUUAAUGAGGAGUGUGCUUCUCAGUUGAAGGUAAUAAACCACAGCUGGGUUUUAGGGCAAUAAUGUUCAACUGUGUUUUGAGUAGCAGUCUGUUAUUUGAGAACCAAUUGCAUCUACUUGGUUCUAAAAAACAAUCUGCUGCUCAUUUCUUGGUAGUCCACGUGCUACAGUGCAUUUCUCUCAAACUAUGCAGGACUCCCAUCUAGAGUUUUCCAGUCUGCCACUAGGGCGAAACUCGUUCAUUGCAUUCGACGAAUGGUAGGUGUAAGGAUCUUUGUAGUUGGAAACUCCGUCUCCUGCAUUUAUUCUCAUUAUUAGUGCAAUAUUUUAUCAAAAUACAAAGAUCAUAAAAAUAAUCUGAUGCAUAAAAUUGAUGCACAUAAAAAACUCAAGGAUGUCUUGUGGACAAUCGUAUGUGAUGCAUGAUAUUAUAUUCGUGCACAUGAAUGACCAUAUAAGUGAUUGCAUGAUUUACAUUCAUGCUUUAGGGUGACAGUUAGUGAUGCAUGGUGUAUUCAUGCUUUAGAUUGACUAGAGAAGAAGCGCAAUGCCUUAUUCAUUCCUCUUCAGAAAAGAAGUGUAGUUGUGAUGUUUAAUGAAGUAACGCUGAUCAACUACUAACUUAUAACUACCGUCCUAGCCUGCGUCUUCAGUAUCAAGAGCUCCACACAAGCCUUGUUUCACAUCUCAUGUGAUAACUGGUCUUCAUGAUUGUUUUAUUGGUAUACAAAAGAACCUGUGACAAAGUAACUGCUGGGUGCAGGGAAGCAAGGCUUGUGUGGUUGAUUAUAUGUGCACAAGCUGUGUUUGGUGCUACGUGUGAUCCAUGGACUGUUGAUGGAGGACCAAAGCCUCAAUAGUUGGCCACUGGCAUCCUAGCUCGUGCGCUUGCCCGUCCUGCCUGCUGCCCCCACACUGUCACCCACCCACCCACACUGCACAUGUCACACUUCUGCACCUAUCUGCGUAAAGACACUCUGAGUGUAGGUGGCUGUGUUAGUAUGACUGGGGUGACUUAUGAUCAUUUUAGUUUUGCCUGUGAUGUUUUACUAUGUUUCCUGACUAAUGACUGGUGAUUUUCUUGUUUUAUGGGUUAAAUAUAGUACUAAUGACUAAAAGACUUGAUGUACUCAAUUUAUUGUAUGGAUGAGUAGUAAUUAUAUAAAUAUAAUUAUAAAAUAUAUAUGUAUAUAUAUAUAUAUAAAUAUAAUAAACUAGCACAUAGUAUAUGGUAAUGUGUAUUGAAGUGUUAACAAAUGAGUGUGGUUGUGGUGAUGCUAUGAUAGUAUGGGUGGGCAGCAUCACUGGGGCAGGGAAGGUGCUGUGCUAGGAGUGCUACAGGGCCUCUUACCUAUCCAGGGACUGUACUUAUACUCGCCACUACUUCCCGUCAGUUGGAGAUCUCAAGUCUGCAUGUACCUUGCCCAUGCCUCUGCCCCUCUUUUCUCUCUCUCCCGUAAUGUUCAACAUUACUACCCCAUUAACAGAACCACUUGCAGUACUAAAUUUGUACCAGAUACUGGUGAAAGAAGUAUAUCCCUGGUUAGGUUUCAGGCUCGACACAUCUUCCUUGCUUAGGGGCCUCACACGACUUCCUCCCUUAGAAAAUAGUCAAUAAUCCUGCUUGGCAUCUAUACAAAAAAAAAAAAAGAAAAAAAAGGAGAAAGCAUUUAAUAAAAGUAAUAAAAAACAAAUAAAAAAGGAAAAUGUAUGCCAGGUAGAGUGUAUGGUGUGAGGUGCCUAAGGUUGUUAUGGUUGUGAGUUGAAUCCAAGUGUGAUACUCCCCUCUCUGGUCAGACACAAGGGCUUCACUACCCUCAGCAAGUGCAACGUAUAUGUGCCUUGUGUUUGAUUUAUGGUGGCUUGCAAUGACACCACCACCACUACCACCUGUGCUUGUGUGCCUUCUAAAAAGGGGGUCACACAGUCUGCACAACUUCGGACAAUGUACAGUGUAGCAUUUGAAAAUAAGUUCGGAAAAGAGUAGCAACGCCAAUGCAAAUCCUCAUAUAAGUGACUGUACCACACCCUGCCUCAAUUUAUUAAUGGAAAGUGCUAGCCAAGGAACUACGUGGACUUGCUAUUAAUAAGUGUGUAGAAAGCACCAAUGAUCUAUAUAUUAGAUUUUGCUGAAGGUUGUGGUAUGUUGAGCAGUUAGCAGGCAGUGAUACGAGGUAUGUGGUUGUCCACAUGGCCGGUCUCAGGGAGCAGUCAACCAGAUGGCAGUAAGAAGAGCAGUGUUUGCAUCAACUGCUAACUGGAGAGAUUGAGUUGGCUAAAGGCCUACGGAGUACUUACUGGCAUCACUACCACUGCUGCUACUGUUGUGUAUCAAGUCAACUGUUUCUGCUCUUUUUCAAAAACUUAAGAGUUGCUACUGCUGUGUGAGAGGUUGUUGGCAGCAGGAACACUGUGGUGCCUAUGUGGUGUCAGCCAUCCCACACCUAAAUGUGCUAAGUAAUUCCUGUUGUAAAAGUGUCCUGAUUCCAAAGAUCCUUGGAGUUCCAGUUAAGGCUUUUGGGUGAUAAAACUUGUAUUAUGAUUUUUGUACCUGACUAUGUACAAGUCAAGAUAUUCUUUUAAUAUUGCUAUAUAGAUUAAAAUAUACACAGUUGAUUCCAUGAAGUGGUAAUAACUGUAGUUUAAAUGAACUUGACACGUGCAGUCAAAGAGUGACUUAACUUGCAGUCAACUACUCGGUUCUCUCCUCGUCAAAAUAAUAAUAAUAAUAAAGCUGAGGAGUAGUUGAUCUCAGUUUUGUUACCAUCGUGUUGGAGAGUGAGAAGUGUGUAAUAUUAGUGGGUGUAAUAUAUUUCGUGCUGGCGAUGGGGGGGAGCUGGAGAGUGUGGCAGGGCUGAGCACAUACCUUCACCCUCCCUAGACACUCAGCUCUACUCAUUCAGCACUUAAUAAUGACUCCAUUCUGCCUCUCACCUGGCUUCAUUGUAUGCUUAUAUUUUGGAGAUUUGUCUGCAAUCAAUUUUAUAAUUGCAGUAAUGUCACAAUAUUGUCACAAUCCAUAUCCUAACUUUCUUAGAAAGUUCAAGUAUAAUUUGUUGCUUCCUGCAGCUGCAUAACCCUGUCAAAAGUGAGGCAGCUAAAAGCUGGGUCACUAUAAGAACUGUUGGAGCUUUGAAGGGUUAGCCAGUGAAGUCCAGACCAUGGCUAGGCAGGGGUCACCUUCCAAAAAUUCUACCCCCCUCCCCCCCACCACCACCACCCUGUAACCACCCACUUCUUUGUACUGCACCUCAAAGACAAUUGUUGCAGCUUUGUCAACUUUGAAAUGCAUUUCAAACAUGAGAUUCCAAAGAUACCUUGAAGGAAGUAAUGGGUGCCAUUUGUAGCAACUGAUAGGUUUAUGACUUCUUGGUUAUGGUGCCAAAUUAAACUAGUAAUAACUGGAUAUGAUCAAUAGUAAAUAAUAUUUCUCUUAUAAUAAUUAUAGCUUGAAUGUAAGUUUUCUUAAGUUUAGCCUAUCUGGUCAUGUCUUGUAGAAAAAUACACAAAACAAUCUAGGCUGUGUUCCUUUGUCACCGAUUCCAGUGUUGCUCUUAAUCACCUAGAUGUAAUGAAGUGAUGGUUGCGUUCUCAUGGUUCUCGUUUUGGACAUUUUGAUUAGGAACAAGUAUACUGAUGAGGGCAUAAUAGUUGUAUCUUACCGAUACUACCAUCAAGACAUAUCGCACACUCCGUGCACGUUCUCUUGAGUAAUGUGUGUGCGGCGGUGAACCAAAGCAUUUGUGUGUAUUAGCAUCACCCCGCAGCUGCAGUAUGAUGCUGCUGUUGUGGCAUCCCGCUGCCAUUAUGCCCCAACUCCUACCCAAAGCUGCUCCAACCCUCCUCCUCCUCAGGGAGUACUAGGAGUGGCAAUGGUGAGCCCUCAACUGUAACCCCCCUUGAGUGUGUGGUGAUAAUUGAGGGCUCCUGGGGUGAUUGGUGGCAACCUGCCAUAGCUCCACCUGAGGCUAGACAGGCAAGUCUUUCCAUGUAACUUAAAUGGUAUUAUCACAUCAGCACCGGUAACGAGUCAGAAUUUUGUAUUAGAUGAGUGAUGUACGUUUUAUACAUAUAUUUUUAGAUGUGCAAGGCAACGGUCGUUGGUGCAGGACUUAGCGUAAUAUUGACUGAUGCUAGGCCCUGUAUGGUUGUUGCUGCCAGUAUUUUUUCCUCAAGUAAUAUGAGAUUGAAUCACUGGUAUAUUAUUGGCGAAUUGCUCAUACAUGUAGAAUGUGUUCAAGUCUGGUCUAAGCUCUUUUACAACAGGGAAUUAUCUUAGUGUCCUUGUGAGGUUUUGUUGAAGUAGUAGGUGUAAGUUGAUUAUGGCCAGGAUGUGGUCUAGGGUAGCACCGGUGGUCCGAAUGUCGAGGCUUUCACUUUAAAUGUAAAAGAGCUUAAUAGUGUCUCUCUAUGCUGUGUAGUGGUGGCAUCUAAUACGUGACUAAGCUAAGGUAACUUACAGAUAUUAAAGUCUACAAAAAGUUAUAAAAAUGUACUUGCUAUUGUGAAAGGGAUGGUUUGUUGCCUGCUCAGGGUUACCACACUCAACUUGUGACAUUCAUGUGAUGUGUGAGGUGGCAGGCAGCACUAGUUGGAAACACAGUUGGACUUUUCUUUCUCCCUCACCCCACCCACAUGCUGGGGCAGAGGAUGUGUUUUAGCCUCCUUGUCCAGUGAGCUUGUCUAGUCCUGAGGGUCCUGUGCCAAGCCUUCUUGACAGGCUGCUGUGGAUGCAUUGCUUGGCUCCAGGUCCUCACCUUCAGGAGGUGCCACACUCCUACUGCCCCAUUUUAAUUUUCCCACAAUUCCACAGUAUUUUUCACUGUAUUGCAAAACACACUUACACAUUUUUGGAACCCACAUGGCAUAUUUCAUGUCCAUCCCCUAAAGAGCAGCCACAGCUGUUGCAGCAAUGUCAGGUGCUCCCCCUGUGCCUCUCUUGUGUGUUCAGUGGCCCCGGUCCCUGCCCAUAUGCAAGCCUCAGUCUCCACCACGACAUCCGGGGCCUCCACCUCCAUGUGACAUGACAUGCCGCAACUGCUGCAAGGGCUGCCCAUGAAUCCCAUCCUUGUUGUAGCCAAGUGGGUUCUGUCCUUUUCCUUGCAUAAAUCUUCACACACUACAAUCAUUUAACUUCCAACAUGUACUGCUUGCCAUUGCCUUCACACUCCCAAUGUAGCAAUGAAGCCAGGAGCAAUAAGGGGAGUUGUCGUGUCCGCCGUCUUCUCAGCCCUGUAUUUUCUGGUAGUCAGCCGCAGUCCACAGGCUGAGGUGGUUGAUAGAGCGGCAUGUGUGAUCCUGGUGGCCAUGAAUGGUCAGUUGGCCAGGAGCUGGGAGGGCGGUGCUUGCGGCAUGCCCCACGUAUCCAUGUGUUGGUGUUGUGUUGCCAUGUUAGCAGGCGGCCGCCAGGUUUUACCGUGCUCACUCUGCCGCGCCGGCGGUUGCCCAGCAGACUUUACUUCCAAACUUUUAUGCCUGGCUAAGGACCAGCAUUAAGGGUUGGUCAAGGCUGCAUUGUGGGUGGCCUGGCACGGCUGGCCUGUCCUCCCUAUUGUACCACUGCACAUUCCCACGAGCUAGUCAGGACGGGGCACCACACAACACUGCCACCUGUGCCAGGUAGGUGGUGGCCCACCACCAUUGUCCUACUGACAUUGAACUGGUUCUGUGUGGGAGGCGCCAACCUGCCCUUGGCACCUCUUGAUAACCAUGCCACAUGAUGCAUAUCCUAGCUGGUCAGUGUGCUUGGACAGGUCAGCAAUGCUUUUAAUAUAAUUAUUUAUACAGGCUUUCUUGUACUGGAUGUUCCAAUAUGCAUAAAUAAAUUUGGUCUCAGUGUUUACACCUAUACUUUAUUUUCAUUAUCCUUAUGCUCGGGUUUUAAUAUAUGCAGUGCUCUUAAUAUUUUUCUUUUCAGAAAUGCUUGGUAGUGUAUAGUCAAAAUUAUAUAUUUUAGGAUGUGUAAUUCUGCACAUCUGGCAAACUUUUUCUUAUAAUAAAGUGUAGAGAAUU